GUUCCUUUCAAUCAAAUGUCAUUGAGAGGGCGCAAGACGACAAUAAAUAACUCCAAAAUUAUUUUUUUUCAUAUUCUUCUCUUAGCAAGUUCCAUAUUAGAUUAGUUCAAAAAAACACCAAAACCGAUACUAUAUAUUUCGAAAGCCUAUCAUGAAUUUAGACGAAGAUGUCCCACCGGAGCUCGUCGAGACUGAGACGGAUCCGCACGAGGAGAAACUUGUCAAGGUCCCCAUCACCAUCGUCACUGGAUAUCUUGGAGCCGGAAAGACAACCUUGCUCAACUAUAUAUUAACUGCCCGCCAUGGCAAGAGAAUUGCCGUCAUUAUGAAUGAGUUUGGUGAUUCACUCGAUAUUGAGAAGUCAUUGACUAUAAAUAAGGGCGGCGAGCAAGUCGAAGAAUGGCUUGACGUCGGCAACGGCUGCAUCUGUUGCUCGGUGAAGGAUUCUGGAGUCAACGCGAUUGAGUCACUUAUGGAGAAGAAAGGUGCCUUCGACUAUAUUCUCCUGGAAACCACUGGACUGGCUGACCCUGGUAACCUGGCCCCCUUAUUCUGGGUUGACGACGGGUUGGGUAGCACUAUCUACCUGGACGGAAUCGUCACACUGGUCGAUGCGAAGAAUAUUCUUCGAAGCUUAGACGACCCAUCGGGGAAAGUCGAGGGUCACGAGGACCACGACGGUCACGGGCCUCUUAUGACGACAGCCCAUGUCCAGAUUUCCCAUGCAGAUGUCAUCGUCAUUAACAAGUCAGAUCUGGUCGAACCCGCGGAGCUUGAAAAUGUCAAAGAGCGAAUACAGGCAAUCAACGGCCUCGCGAAAAUUCACGUAACGAAGCAAAGUGUAGUUCCCCAGCUAGAAGGCGUCUUGCUGGAUUUACACGCAUAUGACCAGGUUAAGGCGUUGGAUACCGCAGGAAAGGGACACAGCCAUCUUGAUCCUACCAUCUCCACGGUUUCCAUCGACGUACCACUUUUAGCCCCUGGGCAGCUUGAGCUAGUUGACAGCUGGAUAAGAUCGCUUUUAUGGGAAAGCCAAGUGCCAGGAGAACCGGCUAACUCGGUUAACCCUAUCGAAAUCCAUCGCCUGAAGUCCCGCUUGGUUUUUAAUGAUGGCGGCGUGAAGAUGGUGCAGGGUGUUAGGGAAGUGUUUGAAAUUUUCGAUGGGGAACAGGUCUUUAAUGAAGACGGCUCCGUUCCUCAAGCCGGCAAGCUUGUCCUUAUCGGAAGGGGUGUGCAAGGGAUCAACUUUGAGAAAAGUCUACUAAGCACACUCCGAGAAAUAAAAGGCUAGAAUAUCAUUGUUGGAUAUUUAUGAAUGUACCUAGGUAGGUAUUCGGCUUUAGUUGCUGAUUCCCAGGAGAUAACCUAAGUCAAGAAUCAUGCCAAACUUGGGCUUAUACGUGAACAUAUGCAAUCGAAUCAUUGGUGAAUUAUAUAUGAAGCCACGGCCCUAGCAAUGAUAUAUUGUACAUAUCGAUCUCAUUGGUUACCUAUAUAGCUGUAGAGCUCUAAACAACUUUUACAAUGAGAAUUCCUGUUUCACAAACCAGAAAUGUCUGCUUUUCGAAUUGUGCUACUUGAGAUUCUGAGAAUAAUAACUAACGACAUCACAAACUUCUUUAGGAUAAUAGCUGCAGUAAGUUGAAGUUGGCAUGAAACUUUGAGAAGAUGGGGAAAAUGAAAUAGAAUAAAAUAAAUUGAAAAUACACUAGACCUAUUUAAUGUACCUGUCGGGAAGUUGCAGUGCGGGGGA